AAAAAACAAAAAUGAGAUUGGUGAAGUUGGAGUCAACUUGUGAAAAAAUUGGUCUCUUUCUCUUUCUCUCCACACAGAGAGAGAGAAACAGCAAAAAUGGCGGAUACAACAGUGGAGUUUGUGUUAAAUAAAUUGACGGAGCAAUUGCGGGAUAGUGCAGAUCUAAUUGCUUCGAUAGAGGAUGAAUUGACUUGUCUGUUAAGUGAGCUUGAUCAUUUGAGAGCUUUUCUAAUCGAAGCGAACAGAAAUCGGAGAGGUAGUGAAAUUCUGAAACAUUUUGUCAAAGAGUUGAACAGACAAGUCAAUAAAGCUGAGAAUUCGAUUGAUAAAUUCAUGAUUGAAGCCAAAUUAAAUAAGGAAAAGCGAUCGAUAUUUAAGAUUUUCGAUCUGUGUUAUGUCGUGAAAGGUAAGCGUUGUGGAGUAGAGAUCAGAUUGAUUAUGGAGAAAUUGAAAGAAAUUCGAAAAGAUGCUGCUUAUGGACUUUCUAUGUCUUUUCAAUAUGAUGAUUCAAAACAAACUGCUCUUCAGCUCACAAGGGCUCCUGUAAUAGAGGAAGAUGACGUUGUAGGCUUUGAUGAAGAGGCGAAUAUAAUAAUCAACCGUCUUCUUGGAGGAUCAGAUGAUCUGGAGUAUAUCCCGAUCGUUGGAAUGCCCGGUCUGGGCAAAACAACUCUCGCAAAUAAGAUUUUCAAGAAAGUUAGCUAUGAGUUCUUCAAUCAAAUCUGGGUGUAUGUCUCUCAAUCAUACACCCGAAGGGACCUGUUUCUUAACAUCAUCAACCAAUUCACCAGAAAUACUGAACAAUAUCAAAAUGUAACUGAUGAGGCUCUAGGUGAUGUAAUACGCAAACAUUUGUCUCCAGAAAAGUAUCUGAUUGUAUUGGAUGAUGUGUGGACAUUGGAUGCUUUGGAGGAUGUCAAAAUUGCUUUACCCAACAACAUGAAACGAAGUCGAGUCUUGUUGACCACUCGAGACGGCAACUUGGCUAAGUACCCUCAUCAUUUAAAAUUCCUAACAGACGCCGAAUGUUGGGAGCUACUACAAAAGAAGGUUUUCCACAAGGAAAUAUGUCCCUCGGACUUGAAAGAACUCGGGAAGUGCAUAGCUCAGAAAUGCAUGGGACUUCCCCUCGCAGCUUUGGUGAUUGCAGGAGCCCUAACCGGGAGAGGCAAGACAAAAAGUGAGUGGGAAAGAGUGCAUCAAGGUGUGAGUGAACACAUUAUUGGUAGUGAUAUUUCAAUGACCAAGAAAUUGGUGCAGAUGAGCUGUGAUAGUUUGCAUGUCAAGUUGAAGGCUUGCUUCUUAUAUUGCGGUGUUUUUCCUAGAGGUUCCGACAUCCCUGCUUGGAAGAUAAUCCGGUUGUGGAUUGCGGAAGGGUUCAUUCGAGAAACAAUGCAAUCAACCAUUGAAACUGUAGCAGAGGACUACUUGAAUGAACUUGUCAGCAAGAGCUUACUGAUGGUAACACAAAGGACCUCCAAUGGCCAAAUAAAAUCAUUCCGUGUGCAUGACAUGUUACAUGAGUUCUGUACGCUUGAAGCAAGUGAGGAAAAUCUUUUCAAAGAAAUAAAACUAGGCGUCAAGCAAUCUUUCCCUAGAAAUCAGGAAUUAGCCACCUUUCGCCGCCUUAGCAUUGAUUCUUCUGUUCAAGAAUUCAUUUCUACCAAGCCUUAUGGUGAAGGAAUUCGUUCAUUCCUCUGUUUCUCCUCUCGGAAGAUUAAGAUGUCCCAAGAUGAGUUGGAGACAAUCCCGAAAUCCUUUCCACUACUCAGGGUUCUCGACAUUGAGUCCAUCUUAAUCCCUAGAUUGCAAAAGCAGUUUUUUCAGCUAUAUCAUUUGAGAUACAUUGCUAUAUCGAGUUAUUCGUUAAAGAUCCUUCCUAAAUUCAUGGAGGACCUGUGGAAUCUACAAACCCUCAUAAUUUCGACUCAACAAGAGACAUUGGACAUACACGCAGACAUAUGUAACAUGCCACAACUUAGGCAUCUUCACACAAAUGCCUCUGCUGAAUUGCAUCCCUCUGACAUAAAAACACACAAUCAUAGUGCUUUACAAACCCUUUCUAUAAUUGAACCUGAAAGCUUCACAGAGAAUGUGUUUGAAAGGUGUCAAAAUCUGAAAAAGUUGGGUAUUCGUGGGGAUAUAACCAAUCUGGUUGGCCUGUACAAGUUAGAAUACCUUGAAAAAUUGAAGAUAAUGUAUGUAGCAGGCAGGUUGCACCUUCGUUCAGAAUAUCUAUUCCCGAGGAGGUUGAAGCAGUUAAAUUUAUCAGGUACCAUGUUAGACUGGAAUGAGAUGGACAGAUUACUUGGCAAUUUGGAGUUCCUCGAAGUCCUCAAGCUGAAAGAAAAUGCAUUUGUGGGUCAUUAUUGGGAGUUAAAGGAUUACAUUUUUUCUUGUCUUAAGGUAUUGUGGAUUGAAAAGUCAGAACUAGUUUAUUGGGAGGCUUCUGAUAGGAAUUUUCCGAGUUUAGAGAGGCUUGUCCUUUGUAAUCUAGAUAAGCUUGAGAAAGUCCCUAUACAAUUUGCGGAGAUAAGCAACCUGCAAAUGAUGGAACUGGAGUAUACAUCCAGAUCAACGGUUAAAUCUGCCCGGGAAAUACAAUCCUGCAGUGUAUGCACUGGAUUCAAGCUAAACAUUUUCCCUUCCGAUUCAAUCUCUGAUUGAGACUAAUGAAAUCUCUUCUUUCAGAGCUCUUGUCGAUCCUUCUUUUGGUGUUGUUUGCACUUUGUCUAGUAUUCUCCGAGGCUUCGUCUCUGUGGGGUUUUGGCAUUGAAGUUUCUAUACGUAUUGGUUGUAUCUGGAAUGUUGUGUGGGUGUUCUCAGCUGCACAUUACUUUAUUCUCCUAUUGGUUUUGCCAUUUUGACUUUUUGUAAAGAUUAUUAUGACUCUUCUUGGCUUGCAGUGUACCUAAUCUUAUUGUUCAUAGCUUGCUUUCA